CUCUACUGUUUUCCAUUUGCAAAAUUGCAGUCUUCAAUCUUCAUUCGAAAGUAAAUGAAUAUUUUCUUCCAUCAACCAGCGGCCACAAUGGUAGACACAAUGGUAGACACAAUGGUAGAUCCAAUGGUAGAUCCUCAGAAUAAAAUUACAGAAAUGACCAACAACAGUGAAGAACAACAGACCUCAUCUUCCGGGAGACCAUCAUAGAGGUGGUAAUUCAGCCACCAACUCCAGAGGCCAAGGUUGAAUCUGAUGCUCCCCCCGCUGUGAUCACCACUCAGCUAGCCCAGCCAAUGCCUGAACACGAUGACAGCAUUGCUGUGGUCAUGUGGGAAGCCACCGUUACUGGUUCCAUCAACCAGUGGCCAUCAAUGGUAGAUCCUCAGUAUUUUGUGUUGCAGAAUAAAAUUACAGAAAUGACCAACAACAGUGAAGAACAACAGACCUCAUCUUCCGGGAGACUAUCAUAGAGGAGACCAUCAUAGAGGUGGUAAUUCAGCCACCAACUCCAGAGGCCAAGGUUGAAUCUGAUGCUCCCCCCGCUGUGAUCACCACUCAGCCAGCACAGCCAAUGCCUGAACACGAUGACAGCAUUGCUGUGGUCAUGUGGGAAGCCACCGUUACUGGUCGACGCCUCAUCGACGAGAUGGUCAACCUGGGAUCAUUCUACGUGGCACAGUAAGAGAAAGCAGAAGGGCACGAUUUCAACGAGUACGUCAUGCCGUAUGGCAAGCUACCGCUGAAUGUAAUUCGCAACUACAAUCUUCGCAUCGUUGACACGGGUCGUUACCGCAUGCUCAAGGAGAUCCGCAACAACAGAAUGCUCAAGUCCAAGAGCGAGGUGGCCGCCUGCAACGAUUUCGCCUCGUGGCUCAUCAAGCUCCAAAAAGAUAAUUUCACCGACAAGAAAAUUGUCUUAGUCUUCUUUGAACCACGCCACUCCAAGAUCCUUCAGCUCUUCCAGGCUUUGGAACGUUACCGUCUUCUUGAUGAUGUCAACAAGAUUUUGCUUGGAUGUGUUAAUGGCUGGGAUCUGCUCCGUCAACAGGUGCAUGAUUUGAAGGAUGAACAUCGCAUGGUCCUUAAAGCUUUGGCUGAUCACCACCUUGGAGUCGACACACCUUUGGAGAGCGCUGUUCAACGUGCUCAAUCAAGCACUUCACAAGAUCCUUCGCAAGGUGCAUGGCGGCCGCAUCAACACUGGGGUACUUAAGGAGACCGUCAUCAGUUGCGAUCAUUUGCUCGAACAAGUCAAGAAGAUCAAAGAAGAAUUGACUUAGGAGGCUCAAUGGAGACCUGUAUUCGCUGACAUGUUUCGUCAAGGUAUCAAGCCUCGCCGGCGAGCUGGAUUCCUCCGCCAUAUGCUCGUUGAGUCGGGCAUCACCUAUGCAGGCCUUACGGAAACAUUCAAGGACAAGAAAGAUGACGGUGUGGUCGAGGUCAUCAAAGAGAACAUAAAGGCAAGAAUGAAGCCGACGUGGAGGAAGUCAUCAAGCUGCUGAAUCAACACCUUGCGCAGCCAGACAAGCCCGUCCGACGCGGUAGCGGCCGUCGAGCACCCCGCACUCGUUCCCUUUGCACCGCCACGGACUUGGAGAAGCAGCAGCCUGCGUCCAAGAUCGAGCCCGAGGAAAACAACAACGACCCUGUCAAAGUGAUUAUGGAUGUUAUUCCCAGCACUCCUGCGGUCCUGUCCGAAGUU